GCCUUUGUGAGACAAUCGCUAAUGGACGAGUGAAACGUGUUAACGUCAUUUACGUACUUCUACCUAUACGUUGGUUUAUCGAAAUCGUACUCUUCGGGUAGUUUUUUUUUUUUUUUUUAUAAAUACGAUACGUAUUCGUUUCAUUUUUUUUUUUUUUUUUUGGUAUAUAUUUUAAACGAUACGCUGAACUCUUUUUUUUCGCCUUUUUUUAUUUUUGCUCGCAAACAUCGGAAUAUGAAAAGCAAAUACGUACGACCGGCUACGCCAAGCUUUUUUUCGUACACGUAGUUGACAGUGUUUGAAGAGGUUAGUUCUUUUUUUCCUUUUUUUUUUGCUUUUUCUACCGUCUCUCUCGUUCCAUCUUCAUCGUCGUCAUCGUCGUCGUCGUGUUCUACGUUAACUCUUCUUCUUGGUCGUGUAAGUUGCAAACUUAGCAAGUUGAUGAUACUUGGCCGUUGAUUGACGAGGGUACUUCUGCCACGUUGCACCAGCAUUUCGACGACGAGAAGUCAUGAAGAGAUUUAACGAUGGAUUCAGCGGCGGACCUCCAAAGCGUUCGAAAAUCGGCCCCGAUGAUGUGGAAAUACGGAUUCUUAUUCCUAGCAAGGUUGCUGGAUCAAUUAUUGGCAAAGGAGGCGGUAACAUCGCAAGAUUAAGAGCAGACUUUGUGGCGAAAGUCACUGUCCCCGAUUGCCCUGGGCCAGAACGUAUUUUGACUGUAAUUUCUACGUUUGAGAAUGCUGUCAAUGUUAUUAACGAAGUUUUGCCGAAUUUGGAAAAUUCAUCGGCCGGAGGCAGAGGAAAACAAAACCGAGGCGCAGUAGACGAAAAUAGUACGGUAGACGAUGUCGACUUAAGAGUACUUGUUCAUCAAAGCCAAGCUGGAUGUAUAAUUGGAAAAGGCGGCGGAAAAGUCAAGGAAUUAAGAGAGAAAACUGGCGCGAGAAUUAAAAUCUACUCGAAUUGUUGCCCAGACAGUACUGAUCGUGUUGUACAACUGACUGGCGCCAGUAGCACCGCCAUCGAAUGUUUGAAAGAAAUUUUAGAAUUAAUCAGAACACAAGCACCGAUCAAAGGACAAGACACACCAUACGAUCCGAACAAUUAUGACGAUUACUACGCCGACGAAUACGGCGGCUACGGUACUGGCGGCGGCGGAUCAGGUUUCGAUGCUGGUCGUGGACCGAUGCGAGGUGGUCCCGUUGGACGAGGACCGCCAGCUGGUCGAUUUGGUGGCGGACCACCACCGCGAGGAGCGCCUUUAGGAGGACCACCGGCUCGAGGAGGUUUCAGAGGCGGCUACGGCGGCGUCGACGAUUGCGAGUAUAACAGCGGCGGCGUCGGCGUUGGCGGCGGUGGUGGCGGCGGCGGCGGCGGUGCUCCCGGAAUCGGCGCGCGUCCAGAUUUGAUGGAAGGUUGCUCACCGAUGGUGUUGUUUGCAGGCGAAGAAGACAUAGAUUAUAAUAUGCCUCCAGCUCCCCGUGGAAUGGGGGGUAUUGGUAACGGCGCCGGCCCUGGUACGAGAAGUUCUACUCAAGUGACAAUUCCUAAAGAUUUGGCUGGUGCGAUCAUCGGUAAAGGUGGUACUAGAAUACGCAAAGUACGCAUCGAAUCCGGAGCCGAUAUCACGAUCGAUGAACCUUUACCCGGUUCUAACGAUAGAAUUAUUACUAUUACCGGUAUGACUAACCAAAUACAAAUGGCGCAGUAUCUCUUACAACAAUGUGUACAUCAGAACGCGAAAGGAGCCGGAGGUGGCGGCGGCGGCGGCGGCGGCGCUCGUCGUUAUUAGAAUAUAAGAAAUGAAAAAAAAAACGAAUGUUUCUUUGUCGUGUGUGUGUUUUUAUACAGAUUUUCAUGAUACGUGCUGCUUCUUGUUAGAUUUAAAGAGCGUAGAAAAAGAAAAUGAAAACUUUAUUUUAUACUUUUAGUCUUACAUCUUCUAUGUUUUUAAGUGCUUCCGUAUUGUAUUUUAAAAUUAUCGAAGAAAGAUGUGCACUUUCUUUAGUAUAAUAUUUUAGUAUUAUAAAAUUUAAGAAGUAAAUUAUUAUUUCCUCGAUCGAGUUGAUCGCUCAACCGAUUAUAUCUAUGUGUGUAAUUUUUAGAUAAAACGUAUUCGCAUCUGUGUAAGAUUGUCCUCCCUAUUUUCUUUUUUUACACAAGUUCUUUAAUAAAGAAAUGACUCUAUGUUGUUUAUGGUA